AUGCUGAGGUUCAUAGCUCGCCGGAGCAAACCCCAGCUCGUCGCACCGGCGCGGGCGACGCCCCGGGAGACCAAAGCCCUCUCUGGCCUGGAUGACUGCGCCUACCUGAAACACUAUGUCGGCGGCGCAGAGUUUUUCCGUCCGGUCCGCCGCGAGCACGAGCCGGCGACGGACCCCGCCAAGGCCAUCAGGGCGGCCCUCGCGGAGGCCCUGGUCCACUACUACCCGCUCGCCGGCCGGCUGCGGGAGACGCCCGGAGGCAGGCUCGUGGUGGAAUGCACCGGCGAAGGGGCCGUGUUCGUGGAGGCUGACGCCGACGUGCGCCUCGAGGAGUUUGGCCACCCGCCGCGGCCGCCCUUUCCGUGCCGGCAAGAGCUUCUGUGCGACGUCGAUGAGCGCACCCCAGUCGUUGACAACCACUUGGUCUACAUGCAGUUGACGAGACUGAGAUGCGGAGGCUUUGUUCUAUCUGCCCACAUGUGCCACAACGUGGUCGACGCCUUCGGCAUGAUCCAGUUCAUCGGAGCCAUCGCCAAUCUAGCCCGCGGCGAGGCCCGUCCGACCGUCCUCCCCGUCUGGAGCAGGGAGAACAUGUUCAAGCCACGCACGCCCCCUCGUGUCAGGCGUGAUAUCUUCCCAGGCUGCAUUUCCGCAGGCGUCUCCACCGCCGACACGACGCCACCCGCAGACAUAGUGACCCGGAUCUUUCGCUUCGGCCCGAAAGAGAUCGCCACUCUUAGAAGCUACGUGCCGGCGCACCUCGCACGGUCCUGCACCAGAUUCGAGCUGCUCACUGCGUUCAUGUGGAGGUGCCGCACCGUGGCGCUAGACUACGAGCCUGGGCCCAACGGACCGCCCGUGCGCCUCGUGUUUCGCAUGAACACGCGGGGCAAGUACCCGCCGAUCCCCAUAGGGUAUUACGGCAACACCGUCCUCCGCCCAAUGGUGGAGGCCGGUGUUGAUGAUCUUUGUGGCAAGCCUCUCGGGCAUGCUCUUGAGCUGGUGCGCAAGGCAUGCAGGCUCAGCACGACGGAGGAGCACGUGAGGUCGACGGUGGACAUGAUCACCGCGCUGCGCGCGCACCGAUACCUCGAUGUGGAUAGAGCUUUUCAUGUGUGUGAUAUGACUCGCCUUGGAGAGGAUGGAAUUGACAUGGGAUGGGCCAAGAGGGUCGGUGGCGGUGUCGCCUACGUCCUAGACCAAAUGAGCUACCACCUGGCUUUCAGGAAUGAGGAUGGUGAGGUGACCACCCUUGUGUCCUCCGACGCCUUGCUCAGGCCUACGCUGGAGAGGCUUGCAGAGGAGAUACCCAUGUGGAUGACCAAUGAUGCAAAGAAGAUUAUACCCAGCUCCAUGUGA